GCGACAGCGGAACAACAGCUCCCGGGGAAAUAAACUGGACACCCGACAGCCCCCGACAUCGGAGCGACAGCCCCCACAGCCCCCACAGCCCCCACAGCCCCCGGCAGCAGCGCCGGAGGGGCCGGGCCGGGCCCCGCGCCCGCUGCCACCGCCACCAUGCAGAUGACCUUCUACUUCUCGGACACAGCAGUGCUGCUCUUUGACUUCUGGAAUGUCCACAGCCCCACAGGGAUGGUGCUCUCGGUGCUGGUGAUCCUGCUGCUGUCCGUGCUCUACGAGGCUGUGAAGAUGGGCAAGGCCGUGCUGCUGCGGCGGGCGCUGCUGGCCCUGCCCCACAGCCUCAGCCAGGAGGCCCUGACCGAGCCCCAGCAGGGGGACAGUGGCCCUACGCAGGGCAGGUGGUUUUGGUUCCACGUGGGCCAGACGCUGUUCCACGUGGUGCAGGUGGUGCUGGGCUAUAUGGUGAUGUUGGCUGUCAUGUCCUACAACGCCUGGAUCUUCCUGGGGGCCAUCGUGGGCUCCACGCUGGGCUAUUUCAUGGUGUACCCCCUGCUCGGUCGCGGCUAGAGCCCCCCACCGUGUCCCACCUCCUGCCCCUUUGUCUGGGAAAGUUGCUGUCACUUCUGCUGGGUCUGUCUCUGUCCCCGUGCUCUGGGGGAUGCAGAAACCCAAGGACUUGCUGGGGGCCCCGCUCUGGGGACGGGGAGCCCCAUGUGCAGCUCCUCAGCUGGUGGCUGUCCCCUGGCUCUCAGGGACCUUUGUCCAGGUGAUGACAGCGGGGGGGGGUGCUGGCAUUUCCUCCCCUCCCUGCUUUUUGAGGAGGCUCAUCCUGGCUGGAACGGGAACCAUCCAGUGACUUGCUGGGGGAGAGGGCAAGCUGGGCUCAGGGACCCCUGCCCAGAGCUGCCCUGCACCAAGCCCCUCUUCACACAGUGCCUUUGGGGACGCUGGGGGGGUGCUGCCACCCCCACCCCGCUCCUGCGCUUCACGGAUGGGGCUGGAGCAGCCCCUGAGCCGCUGGUGUGGCUGUGCCAGGGGGGAAAUGCUGCUCCAGGUGCCUCUUGCUGCUUCUUCAGGACCCCCCUUCUAAUAAAAUCAUCUCAGCUCCUCUCCUGGUUUGUGUCACUGCUGGCUGGGCUCAGGAUGUGCCACCCCUGGCUCACAGUGGGACUGGGAUCCCCAGUCCCACCCAGGGAGGCGGUUCAGGAAU